AGAGAGAGAGAGACACGAAGGCGUUCUGCAGGAACACGCACGCACUCAUCUUCGCCGUCGCCGUCGUCAUCGUCAUCGUCAUCGUGUGUUCUCGUUUGGCCACGUGUCUGCCGGAGGACGGCUCGCUCCGACGGAGCGCUUCUCCACUUGCUGUGCGCCGUACACGUGACAGUUGUGUGUGAGGUCUGACUCGGCGAGGAUGAGGCGAGGCUUCCGCGGAGGAGCAUCGACGGCCGCGAGCGUCGGAACACGUUUCGCCGGCAACGGGCUCGCGAGCGACACGGCGAAGCGGGUGCUGUAGGCUCUCGCCGAGAUCGAACUCUUAUCGCUUGUCGUCGUCGACGUGCGCGCGGCUAGAGAAUGCGCCGCAGUGACUGAAACCUUACCUCGGUACCUUGGCCGGAAGUGUGGAAGCGAAGAAGAGUGUUGCGUGCGAGACGCGCGCGAUGAGAAGCGCGCGUGCCCUCGGCCGUCUGUCGCGAGCGCGAGGAAGCUCGCGUUGACCUCGCGGAAGCUCUCUCUCUCUCCCUCUCGCGCGCGCGCGCGCGCUUUCGCGCAAUCAACAGCCUCGCGGCGCAGCCUCCGUGCGCAGCGUCGCGAAGGUCACUUGAGUCAUUCGAGCGAUCUGAGGAGAUCCGCAGCGGGCGGCUGAAAGAAGCGUCGGAAACGCGAAACGGGGAACCGAAGCAGGCCCGAGUCGGAGGACACAAACGCGCCGCGCUUGCAUCCGCACAGUCGACGGAAGAGAGCGGGAGAGAGGGAGGAGCCGUUGCUGAGGACUGUGGAGGGGGCGGAGGUAGCAAGAACGUCUGGUGAUGAUGAUCGGUGGUGGCGUCGCGACCCCUCCUGGUACUGCCAAGUCGGCGGCUGCGAUCGACGGCGAGAUGGUGCAGGUCGACGGCAUUGGCAGUGGUAGUGUCAGUGGUAGUGCUAGUGGUAGUGGUAGCCCUGCGACGGGCGCGACCACCACGCGCCUCGCUAACAACGGUAGCAACAAUCACAGCGGCAAUAACAACGGGAACGUCAGCAGCAGCAGCAGCAACGGCAGUAGCGCUGGCGGCGGCGGCGGCGGCGGCGGCGGCAGCAACAACACCGGCGGCGGUGGCAGCAACAACAACAACAACGGCGCCAGCAACGGUAGCAACAACAACAAUAACAACAGCAGCAACAGCAGCAACGACGCCCACGGGGUGACCAACUGCGCGAGCACGACCGCCUCGGCGGCGAGUGACAAGUUCUGCUGCCAGGAUGAAGACGCGCCCGUCAGCACGAGCGUCGCGCGACCUUGGGAGCCACCGUCACCGACGUUCUCCCAAUCGAGGUCGCACCUGCUGCAGGUUCACCCGCCGCACCACCAUCAGCACCCGGCCGCCGCGCAUCAUCAUCAGCAGAUGAACGUGCCGACUUCUCUGAUCGACGGCGUGAGCUUGCAAAAUUGCACAGCGGGCCCGUUCGCCAGCGGUAAUAGCGGCGGCACGUCACGACAGCGCUUAAUCGAAUUGUCGCAUGGAUUAGGAGCACUGAGGCACUACAACGAUCUCGCCAACCACGUGUUGUCCCUAAAUCAGCAAGGCGCAGUCGUCACGAAACUUUUAGGUACGCUGCGGCCGCCGGGCCUGAUCGGCGGCAGCAAGCCGAAGGUAGCGACUCCGGCUGUCGUCGCCAAGAUCGAGCAAUAUAAAAGGGAGAACCCGACCAUCUUCGCUUGGGAGAUUCGGGAGAGGCUAAUCUCCGAGGGGGUCUGCAGCAACGCGACAGCGCCGUCGGUCAGCAGCAUCAACCGGAUACUGCGGAACCGCGCGGCGGAGCGCGCGGCCGCGGAGUUUGCGCGUGCCGCCGGCUACGGGCUGUACGCGGCCGCCGGGCCGCAUCCGUACUUCAACUCGCACCAGCAUCCGACCACGAGCCACCACCUGCCGGCGGGCUGGCCGGCCGCGCCCGGAGCGGCCGGCCACCCGUGGAUGUUGCCACCUCUAGCUACCGGUAUCUCCGGCGCCGCCGCGUCCGCAUUGCUGUUGCCGCCGUCGCUGAGCCCCGGCGCCGCGGCCGCCGCGGCCGCGGCCGCGGCAGCGUCCGCGUCUGUCGCCGGCAGCACCGAGCACGCGUUGCACGCCGCCGACGCGAUCGCUCGCGGUUACUUGCAAGACGGUGACGGGGACGACGGAAGCUUGGACGGCUCGGAGCAGCCCAAGUUCCGGCGCAACCGCACGACCUUCAGCCCAGAGCAGCUGGAGGAGCUGGAGAAAGAGUUCGAGAGGUCGCACUACCCCUGCGUGUCGACGCGCGAGCGUCUCGCUUCGAAAACGUCCUUGUCGGAGGCGCGCGUUCAGGUUUGGUUUUCCAACAGACGGGCAAAGUGGCGUCGUCACCAGCGCAUGAACCUCUUAAAGCGCUCGCCACCACCGCCACCACCGCCACCGCCACCGCAGCCGCAGCCGCCGCCGCAGCAGCAACCGCAUUCCGCUACGUCCGCUAUGGAAAUCGGCCAGCGUACGUCCAGCUGCUCCAUUGCCGGCAUGGGCGGCGAAAGUAGCGCGUUCCGCGCGGUCGUCGCCAACUCGGCCGGCCGGGAGCCCGUAGACAGGUCGUCCGAGCGCAUCGACCGGUUCGAGUCGUUGCCGAAGCAACCGGAGAGGAAGCCCAGCGCUUUCCGGAUGAUCAGUCAACUGGUGGGCAACGACUCGACCGGGCUGUCCUCGCGGGCGACCAGUCCCGCGUACGAGCAACGCCAAGGACCCCCGCUGGCGCGCGGCCCAAGCCCCGGCUCGGCGCACCGGCUGCGCUUCGACGACGAGGACGAAGACGAGGAGAUCGACGUCCAAGACUCCGAUCAAGACGUACCAUCGCCGCCGCCGGUCGCUUGGAGGGACCACUGGACCGAUCAGCAGCCCUUGGAGCUGACCAAGCAUGACCGUUGAGACGCGUGUGUAUGUGCAUGUGUGUUGAGCGACCAAGUCUCGCUGUGCUGUUCGAUUACUCCAGUCGUCGUCGUCGUCGUCGUCGUCGUCAUCGUCAUCAUCAUCGUCGUCGCUCGCGGCCAGGUGAUGGGAUUUCGCUCGCUCAGAGUGUUUAUUUAUUGCUGGACUUCCCCGCUGGAGCCACCGCCAGUGACCAGAAAGUCGGGGGAGACAUCACGCUCUAUGGUGCUGCUUGAGUCUAGAGUGCGAGUUCCGUCGGUCCGGCGACGCGACGGGACCGGAAGUUUGCCGCGUCCUUCGACGUCGCCGAUCUGGCUCCUCGGUGCGCGACAUUGCGCGGAUGUCGCGAAAACAUUUCUUCUCCGCGACGGACGCCGCGGAGUGCGCGAGUGUCGUCGCGGUGCCGUGUGACAAUGUCGACGAGAACGCUGUGUCUCAUCGGACGUCGCUGUGAUCGUCGCGGGUAAUGCCGAUUUACCGGGCCGCUCUUUUCUCUUUCCAGCCGAAGAGCCGCUCCCGGGCGGCGCGUCGGCGAGGAAGGAUGUAACGUGAGAGCGAAGAGCGAGCGAGCUCGUCGCGAGCUUGCCCGGAACUAGUCCUAGAGAAUCCUCUAUGAGAUAGAGAAGGGGGGGGGGUAUGUGCGUUACCUAGAGAUAUCUGAGAUAGGAGUAAGUGGAUGGAAGAAGACGCGAAUAAUCCUCUGUACCAACUCUCUGUUGAGAUAACGUUUAUUUAAAUGAAUCCGUUUGUAAAUAUUCACACGGUGUCACGAUUCAUUUUCACUCUCUUUCUCUCUCUCUCUCUCUCUCUCUCUCUCUCUCUCUCUCUCUCUCUCUCUGUCUUUCCCUUUCUCUUUCUCUCAUCUAUCUCUCGCAAACUCUUCCAAAUUCUUUCUCAACUACCCUGUCCGACGGACGAGCUGACUUUCCGACGAGUCUCUCUUCUUGACGAAUAUAUUGCCGCACAACGAAAUAUGCUAUAUUGAAAUAAAUUUACACAAACAUUCUCGACGGUCUCGCUGCUUACCGAGUUGCCUCUCUCCCAAUCCCACAAUGCUGAAACAACGACGCGUUGAGGACGACGUCCGCAGU